AUUUCAUUCCAAACGUUUGCCUUGAGCGGUCGAGCAAACAGAAUGUCAAAGUUCGCGUCUCUACUCGUCUCCGUGUUGAUUGUUGUGCAUCUGCAGGUGUCUUUGGCAAGUGUUUCGCCAGAGGACGCCUCGUUGUCGACUCAGACAACCGAAAAGCAGUGCGGUGGAUAUUGCUUUAACGCUCUGAAGCCCAUUCUGGACCACAUUGCUGCCAAUCAAGAGCGAUGGAAUGCCUGCGACGCCAGAAAGCUAGAGUGCACGGCCAGGCUGGACAGGAUGGAAGGCCAAGUGGCUCUCCUCCAGGAGAAAUUAUCCACAAUUGAAGCAGCGAUAGAGGCCCCUGGGGGCAAGAACAUGAAGAAUCUCGAUGGCUUUGUGCAGAUCGGCUCGAGGUUCUUCUACAUCGAGCAGCAUCACGUGGUCAAUUGGUUCUCCGGCACGAAUAUAUGCCGUCAGAAGGGGGGGCAUCUGGCGAGUCCGAAAAGUGGGGAAGAGUUCAGCCGCCUUAAGGAAAAGCUUACGAAAGGCCGGGACUAUUGGCUGGGCAUAUCCGACUUGGCCAAUGAGGGCGUGUUUCAGUCGCAGACCACGGGAAACAUGGCUGCUUUUCUCAAGUGGGGCUCCGGGGAACCCAACAACUUCGCGAAUAAAGAACAUUGUGUAGAGCUUCGAUCCGAUAGUGACUUCUUGAUGAAUGACAACGUAUGUACAGUUACGAUGUAUUUCGUUUGCGAGGCAGGCGAUGAUUCAUAGUAAGUUCCCUCUCCGGAGUGCAUUCCAACAACAUCCGGCAGCUGAUAGUUGAGGGGGCUAUCAACAGCGGCCGCUGCUUGAGAAAUGAAACGAGAAAACCACCGCCGAAGUCUCCACAACCCAGAAGAUCGAGGACCAAUGAAUUGAUGUCUUUCCAACUGUCUUUUGUUCAACAAUCAUUUAUGUCGUUGCUAUCAGAGGGAAUAAAUAAUUUGUAAUCGGUGAAUAAUCCACAAAAAA